AUGGUAUCGGACUUCUAUCUCUGGUUGAAUGUUCUCUGCGGCAUGGGGAAGAGUCAGGAGUGGAUUACAGCGAUGAGCCCGGAUUAUCUGAUCAACAAAUACGGACGAGAGGACAAGGUCACGAUGGUACGCAUCGAGGAGACUGAAGAGACAAAACAAGUCCAGACAAAAUGGGCCUCUGGGUUCGUGCACGGCGAUCCAUUCGAGGACUGCAAGGUGGUUCUUGACGAAGACAGCGCUGCAUAUCUAGGGGAUAAGAUCACUCAAGGACCUACUGGACGGGAUUUACGCGAGUCUUUACUUGAAAGAUUGGAGGCGACUGUUGCCGAAGCUGCCAGAUGUGGAGAUACUGUUCUGAUAAUGAUUUUCGCUCUCGGCGGUUAUGAAACACAUAAUGGCCUCGGUCUCGGGGUUUAA